AUGGUCUCUCCAACUAGCUCCUAUGGGCUACCAGCUCUGUUGUCAGUCCUUCUGUCACUCUCCUCCACUGCCAUCGCGACUAUCACCGCGAAGGGCCAAACUGUUCAGCUCAAUGGAAACAGCUACUACAUUCCUCCGGCAGUAGUAGCAACCCUGAAAGCUGACCAGCAUGUGUUCGGUAAACUGAAGGGCCUGCAACCUCUGACGGUCAUUCGGAGUGAUGCUUCGAAGCUGACAAGCUCAAUCCUCGAUUCAGUAGUGAGCAACUACGAGUCCAUUGACGAUGUCUUCAAUGCUGGGUUCCUCGACAAUAUUUACGUCUCGUAUAAUGGUACUUCCAAGAAACCAUCACAGAAUGUGUCCACUCAUUCUUCGUGGGGCCCUAAAAUUUUGGGAUAUGCACCUGCAUAUGAUACCAAGAAAACGAAGACAGUGACCUCGUCAUCAGUCCUACCUCCGGGUCCAUACUUCUUGGAUCCCUCCACAGGAGCCGUUUUCGAAGCUUAUCUAUUGUACUCCGAUGUGAUGGGCUCUUUCACUCAGGGAUUGAUUUCGGUUGGAGAUUCUGAGUAUGAUGUUUUGCCGGCAAGCUUGCAGGGUUAUGCUUCCUUGACCAUUGGUGUUCCUUCACGGUUGUACUAUACCAAGACAGCCAAGAAGCCUUUGGCUGGUGUUCGUCUCGGUGUCAAGGAUAUUUAUGACAUCAAGGGUGUCAAAACCGGCUGCGGCAACCGCGCUUACUAUGAGACUUACCCAGUCGCUAACUCUACCGGCCCUGCAAUCCAAUCCCUCAUUAAUGCGGGCGCCAUCAUUGUUGGAAAGAUGAAAACCAGUCAAUUCGCCAACGGCGAGACCGCCACCGCUGAUUGGGUUGACUACCACUCCCCCUUCAACGCCCGCGGUGACGGGUACCAAGACCCCAGCUCCUCAUCUUCCGGUCCUGGCUCUGGUAUUGGAGCUUAUGACUGGUUGGAUUUGGCAGUUGGAAGUGAUACCGGAGGCUCCAUUCGCAACCCUUGUCAGGUCAAUGGAUGUUUUGGAAACCGACCCUCGUGGAACUUGGUCUCAUUGGAUAAAGUUAUGCCCAUGUCUCCCCUUUUGGACACGGCCGGGUUCUUGACAAGGGAUGUGCAAUUGUGGCGCGCUGCUGCGGAGGUGCUGUAUAAGGAGGCAGGCUUGAAGUCCUACACCAAGUACCCCAAGUCUAUCAAAACGAUCGCUUUCCCAACUACUGCCUCGACCCCAGCUGAGGGUCUUUUGAUUGAAUUUGUCGACAAGCUAUCAUCCUUUUUGGGUGGUGCGAAGGUUUCGGAACUUGAUUUCAAUGCUCUUUGGGAAUCUACCAAGCCUUCCACUGUUGCCGCCAACACUACCCUCACUAGCUUGUUGCGCCUUACCUACCCUAUUCUCAUCUCGAAGCAACAGUAUCCCCUCAUUGCUGAACCGCUGUAUGCAGACUACGCGGCUGCAAACGGAGGUCGCAAGCCGUUCAUUGACCCCGUGCCGCUGUCUCGUUGGGGCUGGGGACUUGGAUACCCGGACUCGCAACUGGACACAGAAAUUGAACACAAGGACAUCUUUACCAACUGGUGGAACUCAACUGCCCAGGUCUUUGACGAAGAUACUUGCUCAGACAGCCUGAUUCUUUACAUUGGCUCUGCAGGGUCGCCGACCUACCGCAAUGUGUACCGAAGCAUGCCAGGUGCCCCGGUAGGAUUCUCUACAUCUCGUAUCGCCAACUUUGCCGGUGUCCCCGAUAUGGUCGUUCCCAUUGGCCAAGCGCUUUACAACUCCACCAUUACCCUUCAGCAGGAAUAUCUGCCCGUCUCAGUGGACUUCGUGGCACCGCACGGCUGUGAUCUGAUGGUUUUCAACCUGAUCAACGAGAUGGUGAAGGCUGGUAUUGUCAAGGAGCCUACCACCGGAUCUACAAUGUACGGAGAAGAGGUUACUUAUUAUUGA